AUGGCCCCCUCAGAACACCCCAGGGAGUGGAGAGCCAGCCUGGAGACCAGCUCUGGUGGGAAGCUGGCCCCUCCUCAGAAGGCCAUCCCCGCAGCUCAUGUAACUUUCAUUAUUGACUGCGCCACUGGGAAAUGGCUCUCCUUGACAGCACCCCCAGUGCCGCCCCAGGCACUCAGUCCCAACUGGGGACCUGUUGCUCCAACAAUGAAGACAUAUACUGUUUUCUGUGGGGAAAACCAGCCCCAUUCGACUCAGGUUACUCCCUUGGAUGGGGGAUGUCUUGCCCAGACUGAGGAUACCUUGCCAUCCUACAGAGGGGUUGUGGCCCCAGUUUCCCUCCCAGUCAGUCCACCCUGCCCCCAGGAUGUUCCUAAAGCCAAUGGGAGCCCUUUGAAGGCUAGGUCUGCCAGGCCUUCAACUUGGGGGGCAGUCAAGGGCUCACUCAAGGUCAUUUCUUCCUGUGUGUGUGGGCAGGCUGAUUAG